CCCUCAGGCCAUCGAGCAGUACAACGGCGUCCCCCUCGACGGCCGCCCGCUGCAGAUCAGCCUCGCCACCGGCUCCCCCUCGGCCGGCGCCACCGCCGUCGCCUCGAGCAUAGCGGUCGCGGUUGCGGGCGCCAAGCAGCGGACAGUGGUGGUCAAGGCCAAAGGGUCGAGCGACGGCUACGAGAGCUUCAAGCCGCAGAGCGUCAAGCCGCGCGGCUCCGCACGCGGCGGCAAGGGCGGCAAGGGAGGGCGCGGCAAGGGAGGGCGCGGCGGGCGCGGGCAGGGGCGCGGGCCGACACCGAAGGCGGAGGACUUGGACGCAGACUUGGACGCGUACCGCUCGGCCGCUUGAGGCGCGGCCUCGCCGCGCCAUCCCGAGGCAAUCGCACACACCUGACGACGGAGUGGCCACACACGCUUUUCCGCGUGGCCGCUCUGCGAGAUGUGUGUGCGGGUCACCGUGUGUCCGGCGGGUGGCGUGGCACAAAGGACAAAGGCGCUUCGGGCCGCCGCGAGAAGCGCAAAGUUAACAUACUCAUACUGUCAUCGUGUGCGUGUCGAGAGUGAGCGGAGCAGUUUAGCCUCAACAUCGGGGCGAGUUUUCAUG